AUGGCCGUGACCGCCUGCCAGGGCUUGGGGUUCAUAGUUUCACUGAUCGGGAUUGCGGGCAUCAUUGCCGCCACCUGCAUGGACCAGUGGAGCACCCAGGACUUGUACAACAACCCGGUGACAGCUGUAUUCAACUACCAAGGGCUGUGGCGCUCCUGUGUCCGAGAGAGCUCUGGCUUCACCGAGUGCCGGGGCUACUUCACCCUGCUGGGGCUGCCAGCCAUGCUGCAGGCAGUGCGAGCCCUGAUGAUCGUGGGCAUCGUCCUGGGUGUCAUCAGCCUCCUGGUGUCCAUCUUUGCCCUGAAGUGCAUCCGCAUUGGCAGCAUGGAGGACUCCGCCAAAGCCAACAUGACACUGACCUCUGGGAUCAUGUUCAUCAUCUCAGGUCUCUGUGCAAUCGCCGGAGUAUCUGUAUUUGCCAACAUGCUGGUUACUAACUUCUGGAUGUCUACAGCUAACAUGUACACCGGCCUGGGUGGGAUGGUGCAGACCGUUCAGACCAGGUACACCUUUGGUUCGGCUCUGUUCGUGGGCUGGGUCGCCGGGGGCCUCACACUAAUUGGGGGUGUGAUGAUGUGCAUCGCCUGCCGGGGCCUGGCGCCUGAGGAAACCAACUACAAAGCCGUGUCCUAUCAUGCCUCUGGCCACAAUGUCGCCUACAAGCCCGGAGGCUUCAAGGCCAGCACUGGCUUUGGGCCCAAUAGCAAAAACAGGAAGAUAUACGAAGGGGGUGUCCACACAGAGGACGAGGUACAAUCUCAUCCUUCCAAGUACGACUAUGUGUAG